GAGCUCGAUCGCGACGGCCCAGUGAUUAACAGCAGAAGAAACUUCACCAUCGUCAGUAACAAAAAUCUCAGUAAUUCAGACAGCCAAUAAAGCUGGCAACUUUCAGUCCGAAGCGAGUAGUUGCGGAGCUGAGGCAGUCGGGCUCCCUCGAGAGCCGAGCCUCAUCUUCUCCCAUGAAGCGCGACGAGGAAAACUCUCCUCUAGUUCGUGACCAGCUCCCAAAUGUGGACGACAGCGAGGAUCGAACCCGACACGCCUCUCGAGAUCGUGACCGCCUGUUGUGGUGCAGUUUUGAUUCUAUCUUUCCCUUCCUAAGUAAGGAUCCUAGGGUUUCUAAACACGCCUCCAGGAUUUCGAUGUGCUUUCUCGCUGUUGGUGCGGCGAUCUUGAUUUUCUUUAUUUAUAACCAAUUGAAUGAUCCAUACUUGUGUAAAAAAGACGGUGUCGUGCUUCACUGUCCACACGUCAGUGAUCGCACUUUACUCUGGGAGAAUCCAUACUUCGCAACAACUUCUUGGAAGCCUUGUGCUGAACGCCAUAAUAGUGGUUUAGCAGAUCUUCCUUCUGAAAAUGAAACAAAUGGUUAUGUAUUUAUUCAUGCUGAAGGCGGUCUGAAUCAGCAAAGGAUUGCGAUAUGCAAUGCUGUGGCUGUGGCCAAAAUUAUGAAUGCCACUCUUAUUCUGCCUGUGUUAAAGCAGGACCAAAUAUGGGGAGACCAAACGAAAUUUGAGGAAAUCUUUGACGUUGAUCAUUUCAUUGACUACUUGAAGGAUGAUGUGCGAAUUGUCCGCAACAUCCCUGAGUGGUUUACAGAUAAAUCAGAGUUAUUCACGAGCAUAAGGCGGACAGUGAAAAACAUUCCGAAGUAUGCACCAGCGCAGUUCUACAUUGACAAUGUACUGCCUCGAAUCAGGGAGAAGAAGAUAAUGUCCCUAAAACCUUUUGUUGAUCGGCUUGGGUAUGAUAAUGUCCCUCAAGAAAUCAACAGGCUAAGGUGUAGGGUUAACUAUCAUGCCCUGAAAUUCCUUCCAGGGAUAGAGCAAAUGGCUGAUUUAUUGGUAUCAAGGAUGCGAAACCGAACUGGACGGUUAAAUCCUUAUAUGGCUCUUCAUCUUCGGUUUGAAAAAGGGAUGGUAGGGCUAUCUUUCUGUGAUUUUGUGGGGACAAGGGAGGAGAAAGCUAAAAUGGCAGAGUACAGAAAAAAAGAAUGGCCUCGACGGUACAAGAAUGGUUCCCACCUAUGGCAGCUGGCCCUGCAAAAGCGAAAGGAAGGGAGGUGCCCUCUUGACCCUGGGGAAGUGGCAGUGAUUCUUCGGGCACUGGGCUAUACCAAUGAGACUCAGAUUUACGUUGCUUCGGGCCAAGUUUAUGGUGGACAAAAUAGGAUGGCACCGUUAAGGAACAUGUUCCCAUAUUUGGUUACAAAGGAGGACUUAACCACAAAGGAGGAGUUGGCUGUUUUCAGGAAGCACGUGACAAGCUUGGCAGCCCUUGACUUCUUGGUGUGCUUAAAGUCUGAUGUGUUUGUGAUGACCCAUGGAGGAAACUUUGCAAAACUGAUCAUUGGGGCACGGAGGUACAUGGGUCAUCGACAAAGAUCCAUAAAACCAGACAAGGGCCUAAUGUCUAAAUCUUUUGGGAACCCUUACAUGACGUGGGGAGCGUUCAAAGAGGAUGUUACUAUCACCCAUCGAACCCGUACUGGGUUGCCAGUGGGGACAUUCCCUAACUACGACCUGUGGGAGAACCCCCUCACUCCUUGCAUGUGUAAAGCUUGAUGGCAAGGAUAUCCUGCUAGAAGUUCUAAUCCCCUGAUUUGUUUAGAGACCAUGUUGAUGAAGAAAUUGCACAUCAAUCUUUUUGAAAAAUUGAGAAUUCUUUCCCCGGAAACGUACUGAAAAAAGGGUGCUAACGUAGCUCUUGGUUGCAGAAUUGAAGUUUAAUAUGCGACACUUGCGUGCAUCUGGAGAUUGUGGCUUGGUGGAAGCAGGUAUUUGAUGCACUUGGGUACAUCUAGAGAUUUUGGCUUGGUGGAAGCAGGAAUUUGAUGCAAUCUGCAGUGCGAUAGGGUCUCUCAUCUCAUGACCGAUUGAUGCAUUGUCCUCUUGCUGCAGUUGUGCCCAAAAAAAUAUCGGUUAUGUGAUAGUAUGUAAUUCUGUAUCAUUCUAUAUAUAUCCUGUAUUAUACCUGUUCAACGAGCGAUAUUUGUUCAAGGCUGCAUACUGCAAUGAUCUGCUGUA